AUGGGACGGCCGAUCAAGGAAGUGAGGCCACAGACUGCACAGGAAAUUUUUCUGGCCAAUCGUCAGUUGGGCGUCCUGCCAAUUAUGGCCAGUACGGCAGUCAGCUUUCUCUCGGCUGUAAGCCUGAUGGGUACUAAUUUAGAAGUGUACCUUUACGGCUUCCAACUCAUGGCAAACGUUCUGUGCUAUUUGGUGCUGUUUCCUUUGGUGUCUGAGUUCUACAUGCCUGUGCUUUACAAACUGAAUAUACUGAGCAUCAACCAGGUUUCCAGCAAUUUUGCGCUUUUCACCAUCUCAUUGUAGUAUUUCGAAAUGCGUUUCGGUGUAAUUGUUAAGGUCUUGGCGACGAUCACUUUUAUGUUUGAAAUGGUGAGUCAAAACGCAUUUCGCAGUUCAUUUUGCUGCUGAUUCGAAACAAAUUCCCAUUGAUCAAAGCAUAGUAUUUUUGAAAUUUAAAACUAGGAAUGAUUAAGUUGGUGCUAGUUACAAGUAGGCGUAUUUUUAAAUGUUCCUUGGCGAAUACGCUGUCUCAUAUGAUUAUAUUAAUAAUAAGGGUUCAGGGCCGCUUUUACAACUGCAGUCUCGAAUGCCAAAAUCUCGUCCUGUUACAUGAGGAAGAUGCUUAGGGUGGGACACUUAUCAAAUUUCGUAUCUACUUAGAAACUUAUGUUUUUGUUGAGCACUUAAACGACCCAAACACGGGACAGAGUUCCUUUUUGAAUUGUUGUAUAUUCUCAGUGUUCCUGUUUAUUUCUAUUCACUAGACAUUUUACGUGGGAACAAGUUUAUUUGCUCCCGCAGUCGCCCUGAGUGCAAGUACGUUCCAUCGUUUUUUCUGUAUAUUUAAAUCUUAAAAAUUCCUUAACUUUAAAACCGACGCUAGUAUGUACGUUUGACAAUGUAAACGAGGAGAUGAGUCCCAGGAUUCAGUCGUGAAGAAAGAGACACGAUCGCGUCUCCUUCAUCACAGUUUGCCAAACAUGGACUAUGUUACCGAUUACAUUCGUAGUUCGAAGGGAAGAAAAUAUACCCUCAGAGGACGUCGUUUGCCAGCCGGUCAUGUCGCCUCUACGUUUCACAGGAUGCAGUAAAUUUGAAUGCGUUCAGUACAUAGUACGUACUUUCAGUAAUAACUGCAGUCUGUUCGAGGUAGAACCGAUUAUAUUUGAGAACUUUUCUACUGACUGAUCCAACUAUAACUAGGAUUAAACUGUACCAUGUGCGGUGUCCCGUCUUCGAAGUUAAUGCACAACAGCAGAGAUUGCUCUAAUGCUGGGUGUUCUCAAAGCCAGAUUGACAUUAUGCUGAAUUCCUUAUUACCUUUCCAAUGUACGAUCAGAUGCUUGCAGAUUAAGAUAAAUGCUACAGUGUCAAAAGCUCACAGGAACGCUAGAGUACUCAAAAGUUUAGUUACUGGCCAAUUCGCCAAAACGUUUAUGGGCUUUGCGAAUUUUUAUGCAUACAUCAGGUGAUCGCACUCCCUGAACGCCUCACGGAAGGAGCGAAAACACGAUGGACAAAAAUCUACUUCUGAAACAGCACCUUUUUCUAUGUAUAGAAACUAGUGUCAUAACACAGAAGACAGCGUCCGCUUACGUAUUAAGCUUUUCCUUCAUAGUCAUCCUUUGUACUCUUCUGAGACUGCAUCUUAAUCCUCAGUGACGAAUGCGAAUCUUCUGUUAACAAUUCUUGGGACUGGUGCCUUGACCACAUUCUAUACCGCAAUGGUAAGUUACUUAUAGUAUACCAAUCUACUUCGAUCGAAUCGCUUCGGUAAAUCGCUUUUGCUGCACGUCCCUUAGACAAUUUCCUAUUAAAAGACGCAAUAGAGCAUGCCCUGUACAGCUGUGCGCCAGGCUUUGUCAAGGCGCACCCUUAGUACUGCGCAAACAUGAACGUACUUACAGUGAGUGACCGAUCACAUGAAAUGUUGCCUGAAAUUCUGAAAUGAGUUUACGAUUAGAAAGGAUUACUUGGUCGCGGUUGUAAUAUUGAUUACCUUGUGGCAUAAUCUUAUAGCAUCUCGGACUCGGCAGGAUGUCAGCUUUUGGAUAUACUGCUUUCACUCUCCUAAAAAGCGCAAUCGGUAAAAAAUGGCACCUAAAAAGCAUGAAGUUUCCCAAUAAUUUUCGAUGGUCUUGCAAAUUCAAAUAUAACCUAUAGAAACCAUAAACAAAAUAUGCUGCCUUUUGGUCAAUUAAUGGAGAAUUACGUCUUCUUUAUAUUUUAUAUUCAAGAAAGGAUUAGAAUAAGGUUUUAAAAUAGUUUAUUAUUAUGUGAAUUUUUAAGAUCGCGCAUGAACGCAUGCAUCUUAUAGACUGAAAUCACUAAGCGCUUGUGCAACGAAUGAUCAGGCUCCAAGUUAUUCAGCAAUUAGAAAACUUUUUAAAACCUAAUUAUACUUUUUCCUUGAAUAUAAAAUAUAAACAGUGUGAUUCUCUAUUAACAGACCGAAGGAAAGCAUAUUUUUAUGGGCUUUUAUAAGACCAUCAAAAAGCAAUGGGCAAAGUGCAUGUUAUUUAAGCAGUCAUAUUUUACCGAGUACGGUUUCUACAGGAGAUUGAAAAGCAGUGUAUUCGAAAGCAGACAUCCUGCUGAGUCCGAAAUGUUAUAAGAUUACGCCGCAAGAUAAUCAGUAUUACAUCCGCGACCAACUAAUCCUUUCUAAUCGUAAAAGCAUUUCAGAAUUUCAGCCAACAUUUCAUGGGAUCGGUCACCCACUGUACAUGGCUAGAUUGUAGACACAUUUCGAUUAUUUUAAAGUCACUUUUAGGAACGGUACAGACUUUUGUUGCUUUAUGCAAACUAGUUCACAGAUAUACGUGCGUGCAGUUAAAAUGUUCAUCCUAAUUGAAAAUCGCAAAAAUGUGUCCCCGUUAAGUCAACAAGAAUUUCGAACGUUGCUGGGUACUCAGUCAGGACAAAGAAAAGUAAUCGCAUGGUGUCUUGAGGUGGCCUUAUAUUGUUCCUGACCUAGGAAAAUCCCCAAAAAAGUUAUUAAUUACUGCAUUUACAGUAGGUGGGCUAACUCAUUAAAUGUCAAUCGAAAUUUAGAAAUGCGUUGUCGUUUCGAAAAAAUUUAUCACGUAUGGUUGUACAACCAAUCAUCAUGCUGCAUAAUUCUAUAAUGAUCCAGUUACAUCAGGAUGCCUUCUUUCAAAUGAACUUAUGGCCGACUGCAUUCAAGAAAUACACUCUGCUAAAAAUGACUACUUAUGUAGCAUUCACUUUUCCCAAUGAUUUUCGAUGCCCCUAGAAAUUCAACUUAAGUUCAUUAAACAUGCAUAAAAAUAUUCAUUCUUUAUUUCUUCGAUAUAAAAUUACGUCUUCUUGCAAUUUUUAUUUGAAGGAAAAGUAUAAUUCGGUCUGAAAAACUUCUUCAUUUCUAAAAUAAUUCUGAAACGGACCUCCUGUUAUACUUCCAUUCAGGGUUUCAAAAUUACAAGCCGUAUAUUUUCCGUGUACGGAAUACCAUACACUUCUCUACGGUAUUAAGAGUAGACCAUAUGGGGUUAUAACAUUUAAGCCGUGGAUUUAAACAAUACUGUUAACUUUACAAGCCACAUUGGUAAAUGCAGAUACAUGACGUUUUGUGAACAGCCAUUUCACGAUAUUAGAAACUCUCACAAUUAGAAACUUUUUCAAAACCGAAUUAUACCCAUUCUUCGCGUAUAAGAUUGCAAGAAGACGUAAUUUUCUACCGAAUAAAUAAAAGAACGAAUACUGUUGUGCAUGUUUUUUAAUUGAAAUAUAAUUGAACUUUCAAGGGCAUCGAAAAUCAAUAAGAAAACUGCAUGCCAAAUAUGUAGUCCUUUUUUGCAGAAUAAAGAUCUUUCGUGCGGCCGGAAAUAGGUUCCUUCGGAAGAAGACACCCCGAGGUAACUGGAUUAUUAUAGAAUUAUGUUGGACGAUGAUUAUUUCUACAACCAUACUUAAUAAAUUUUUUCGGAACAAGAACGCAUUUCGAAAGUUUUGUUGACAUUUUAUGAGUUAGUCCACCUACAAUAUGGGUAAAUACAAUCUCUCUGUGGUAAAGUUUACCAAAUGCAUUCACACCAUCUAAUAUUUUAUGCCAUUUUCCUGUGUAAGAUAAUUCCUCACUUGGAAUCUAAAUAUUGAUUUAAAGCAAGACUCGAACGUAGAAGUUCGUUCCAAUAGUGCCUUAGAAGCCUGUUCCGAAGCAAUAGAAUUUUUCGGAUUGGUUGAAGAAAUAUUAUGUUAUUCUUAAAAAAGAUCGGUCUGUAACGAUGUCACCCCAAUAUGAUUUGAAUUUUGCUCCUGUUUGUGUCGGUUGUGUACACUCACCUUUUCGAAGUCGGAUUUGUGUAGGCAUUUGGAGCUAAGUCCAAUGCUACAUGCGUAGUUCGACCUUUCGCCGUUAGUCCCCCUGAACCAAAGAACAUUCUUCGUCUACAUGACUGUACCCUGUCACUUAAGCUGUGUGACCUUUAAUUGGUAGGCGAAAUAGAGGCAGCGCAAGUCUUCUCCGCUUUUAACAGCUACACGCGGUGGUAGGAACAAUGGGAUCUUCUGCGUGAUGGCCUAUCUAGUCGAUUGUGGGGAUCAAGGAUACAUCCUAAAAUUAAAGAGAUAAGACUGCUUCUUUUUAGUUAAUACAAAAAUUAUUUUUUUAUGAUAAGUGUCCAUAUAUUCUUUAAAGUCUGAUCUAUUUUUGUGCCUAGGGUGGCCUAAAGGGAGUUGUUUGGACGGAUGUAAUUCAACUGACCAUUAUGCUGAUUGGCAUGAUCACGAUACUCGUUGUGGGGCUAGUUUCAGUGGGUGGUCCCGUUACACUUUGGCAAACGGCCUUGAUGGAUGGAAAGAUUGAUCAAAUCAGGUACAAACGUUAAUUUUUCAAUUACUAAUCAAUCCAUUCUACCACGGUAGAAGUGUGAAAAGUAGGUUUAUUACUGCUUACUUAUAUAAAUUAACGUUUUCGGUUUUAAGUGCCUCAUUAAACGCAUAAAAUACUUAAGAGUCUCAUUCGAAGUGCAGGGGAAAAUUUGACCAGCGGGAGUUUUUCAAACUCCCAUAGCUUUUAUCCAUAUUUGGUACGUCCUGAGUUGCCUCCUGCCUGCCAUAGCCACUAUAAACCUCACCGUCGUUUUUAUGAUAAAUAAAGCUCGUGAUGGCACCCGGUUUCUAAAUUCUACUAGGAUCCGCAACAUUUCUGCAGUAGCCACACAAUUGAAAUGUCUGCUGAGUGCCACCGAAGGGAUUUUCUCGCGGGCGCCGGUAGAUUCAUAAUUCAUUCGAGUGCAUUGCCUCGAGGAAUUCUCGGCCUUUCUUGAAAGGACAGUGAGCGGCGUUGCGGGCUUUGCCCCAAACGAAGGUGUGCUUAACUACUUGGGACAAAUGGCCUUGCCUUUUUACUGCCAACUAAUGCUCAUAAAGGUGUGCUGAGGCGGAUUUUCCAGUCUGGGCACAAUUAGGCACUUGGCGAACUCUUCCUUACAUUAAGAAUGUGUCUGAACUCUUCAAAAGACACGUACAGAAGCACCAAAUUCGAGCGGCGAAUAAACUUACGACUACUUUGGGCUCUCAUCAGGUACAUCCUAAGGGUACAGCUAGCCAGCUGAACAAGAAAGAGCUCGUCUACAAGAUCGUGUGUGAUGCAUAUUCUGGCGUACAGUAGAUGUGCUAAAUCAUUAAAUGUCAACCGAAAUUGCGAAAUGCGUUCUCGUUUCGAAAAGAUAAAUUUAGUAUUGUUGUAAAACUAAUCAUGAUGCAGCAUAAAUCUAUAAUGAUCCAGUUUUCCCAGGGUGUCGGCCUUCGAACGAACUUAUUUUCGGCUGCAUGCAAGAUCUAUGCUCUACAAAAAAUGACUACUUAAAUAGCAUGCAAUUUUCACAUUGAUUUUCGAUGCCCUUGAAAAUUUAAUUAUAUUUCAUGGAAAACAUGUAUACAAAUAUUCAUUCGUUUACCUUUUCGAUAGAGAAUCACGUCUUCUUCCAUUUUCAUAAUCAAAAGAAGAGUAUAAUUCGGUUUUAAAAAACUUUUCUAAUUCCCGCAUAAUUUUGAACCCGACCUGCUGUUACACUUGCAUUCAGGGUUUCAAAACUACAAGCUGUAUAUUCUCCGUGUACGGAAAACCAUGCAUUUCUCUACGGUGUUAAGAGGAGACCAUAUGGAGUUCAUAAAAUUAAGCAGUGGAUUUGAAUAAUAUUGUUAACUUUACAAGCCACAUUCGUAAAUGCAGAUACAUGACGUUUCAUGAACGGCCAUUUAACGUUAUUAAAAAAUCCUACAAUUAGAAACUUUGCUAAAACCGAACUAUACUCUUCUUUUGAGUAUGAGAUUGGAAGAAGUCGUGAUUCUCUACCGAAUGAGUAAAAGAAUGAACAUUAUUAUGCAUGCUUUCCAUGAAAUAUAGUUGGAUUUUCAAGGGCAUCGAAAACCAAUAAGAAAAUUGCAUGCUAUAUAAGUAGUCAUUUCUUGCAGAGUAUAGAUCUUGCAUGCAGCCAAAAAUCUGUUUUUUUCAAAAGCCGACAGCCUGAGAUAACUAGAUCAUUAUAGAUUUAUGCUGCAUCAUGAUUAGUUUUACAACACUGCUUAAUUUAUCUUUUCGAAACGAGAACGCAUUUCGAAAUUUCGGUUGACAUUUCAUGAGUUAGCACAUCUACAGUAUAUUGUGACCAGACUGGAAAACCCGCUUCGACACGCAUUUAUGGACACCAGUUUGCAGUAAAGAGGUGAGACUAUCUGUCCCAAGUAGCCAAGUACACCUUCGCUUGGAACGAAGCUGGCAUUGUUGCUGACUGCCCUUCCAAGAAAGGCCCAGGAGUCCUCGAGAAUGAAUCAUGCAUCAGCCGGCAUAUCGAGUUGGAUGUCGUAUACUGAAACCUGAAGAGAAAUGGAAGAGAAAAGAGCCAACCAGAUCAAAUUAACAAACGGCCGCCGCCUACCGGCGCACACGCCAAGCAAGUAUCGAUUUUAUGUGCACUCGUGACGUUAACUGUUUCUUGCUCUCAGAUUUGCUCUCCGUUUGGGUCUGAGUGCGACCUGGGGAGCUAGCGUCGAAAUUUUACGCAAUACUGCCUCGCAAGAGGUGACAACCGCAUGAGCCGGGGGCUGCUUGAGUCAUGGUUUACUGGUCCCCAGUCCAGUAACACGUGCAAUGAUCUUCCCCUUUCGUACUCGGUGCUGAGACCUCACCUAGGCGGAGUAAUUGGCCACGCGGGGAGCGCACAGGUGAAUACUUUUUCCAACACCAGGCUCAGCUCUUCAGAUAGUUGAGCAAUCGUCACACCAACAUCCAACGCAAGUGAUGAAAUUGCAGCAAUUAAUGACGCGAAUGUCGGCCAUCAAACCACGAUCUCUGAUGAAGGGGGGAGCUGUGAAUAUUCAUAGGUAUGCGGUAGCAUGGCUACUGCAUCCGAUAAAUACCGCAGCUCCUUAUGCACGAACCACCCGUAUCUGCUUUUGCCUCUGAUGAUGGGUUCGAGCAGGAAUCCGAAACGUUAGGCUAAAAAAUCUCUUGUCCCAGCGAUCAUUCCAACUAUAUGCAUAUAUAACGAACAGGUAAGAAAGCAGUAAUAGCCAAAUGGCGAUGGUUCAAAGGGUAGGCGGCAUCGCUUGCUAUUCAAAGUACUGACGAUUUGCCCUGGUGAUCGACAAAAUACAACUUCAUCACAAAAUUUGGUUCCUUGAGGAGUGCCAUAUACCUCAUAUUACAGUCCAACAGGGCAUUUGAAUACGUAAAAUCUAGGGAGGUCUGACCGCUGUUAGCCGGGACUCCUGGCACAAGUUCCCCUUCCAUUCCACAACCUAUUCACAGAUGACUGACUAGGUCAGUAUUGUCUGUAAAAUGCAGACACGAUGGGAAUAGCUUGACAGUGUUGGUUUUGUCGGGAGUUCCUUCUAUUUGCUGAGUUUGCCCGUGUUUCUGUGAGUUUUGGAGUGUGCGAUAGGAGUCAGACGUAAAGUAGGGCUGCGAUUAUGUUGACAACCGAUAACACGAUUGCGUCGGUGAUGUUGGCGUCAACUGAACAGAUACUUUUGCCGCAGUUGCUUCCAAGGUGACCGACACGAUCACUGCAGGCAUUGCGGUAGAAUUUGCGAAUUGGUGGUGGUGGUGGUGGUUGAAUUGGUCCUCAGCAGUCCAGCCUUGCGAGUCUUUAACUUCUUUUUGGCCUACUGCAGUGAAUCGAAUUUAAGGAAGUUUGUUGUUGGAUCACUAGGUCUGCAUAUUAACUACAAUACCUCUCUAGUUCCCUGGGUCGGUGCCAAGAUGUUUCAACGACUUCUUCACAAUUUUCAAACAUCGGUGCUUAUUGUUUAGCGCGUAGCCAACGCAUGCGGCAAAAUCCUUCCGAUGGCAAUAAACAGGCAUUUCCAUCGUGUGGCUACUUCAUUAAAGUUUUAUCUGCCUCAACAUUGCAGAAGUGUUGCGGAUCCUAGUAGAAUUUAGAACCCGACUCCCAUCACGAGCUUUUAUCAGUAAAACAACGACGGUGAGGUUUAUGGUGGCAAUGACUGACAUGAUUUACUUCAAGUUCGUAUUUACUUUCUUGGGAAGUUAAAAAGCGCCAAUUUCUAAAUUGGAGUAUCUACCAGAAAACAGACGGGAAACGCCGGGGUACCCACUGACGAACCGAACUCCUCGUAGCUACGCCAUGAAUCGGCAGAAUAUCGGCAAAACUCGCGUGUGUGGGCUUUUAGUUAGUACCUGUGCUGUUAGUAUGGUAUCAUUUUACCCUAAAUGAGGCAACUUACCUUACGUAAAUCUAACGCUAUGUCAUUCUGUAUUCUGGCUGUAAAUUUCACAAUUUCUUAAUUUUCAAAUGCAAUACUAUGAUGAAGAUGAGAAAGAAUAUGAUGCGGACAUCUCGACUUCGUGUAUACCGGUGAAUUUGCUUCUUUUUAGCUUUAGUGCCAAUCCCUUCAUUCGGUACACCUUCUGGAGUUUGACAAUUGGAUCCAUCGGAGCUUACAUGACACCCCAGGCCUCUAAUCAGGCUCAGGUUCAGCGAUAUCUGUCUUGCAAGAGCCUAAAAACCGCGAAGAAGUAAUUUUGUCCCAUUUAUUUAUUUCUAUUUAUCUUCGCUUGCAUUUUUUAUUCUUUGCACGCAACAUAGGAUUUAAAGAAUUAUCCUGCAAGAAAGUGUCCCAGUUCUCUAGCGCAAAUGGCUAUACGUGCUGAAUUUCCAACAAGUGCAUGUUUGUGGAAUUGCCAUACGUAGGAUGCGGGACAAAUCGAAUGGCUGUCUGAAGCACUUUCUCAAAAUGAGAAUGCGCAAGCAAGACGAGGGACAAGGUCACGUAAGCCAAAAAAUUUGACAAGCACUAUCAUAUGUCAAGAAUAUGCCGGGAGCCAUCAGUCGUCUUCUUACUUCACUUGGAAUUGUACUUUGCCAUAGACCGGAGUCAUCCACCAGGCACCAACUAACGAGGCCAAAAGAUUCGCUGCUACAGCAGAAAAGGCUUGGAGUCGUCUACCAGAUCUCGUGCAGAUGUGGACAAAGAAACCUCGUCGGAGAAAUUGGGAGACCUAUCCGAACGCAGAUGGCCGAAAAGGCAGCAGCAUUAAAGCGGAAAGAUGCCAGGUCAUCCGACGGGACCUGACCGCACCUUCAAGCUCGAUGUGGCCGAAAUUCUCACCUGAGGCGGCAACCGUGCGAGCUGCGAACUGCUUUAGUUACGAUUAUUCAGACAUUAGUCUGUUCAUUCGUGUAGUGACCUCCACCCACAACUCUGAUUAGGCGAAGCAGUUGGCCAGGAGGGGGAGUGCCGUCAGUUCCAGUAUCAGCAAGCCAAAUGACCGAAUGACUCUUAUCUACGGCUGUCUCUGAUAAUGGGUCCUAGUGAGAAUCCGAAGUGUCAGGUAAAAAAACCCAUUGUUCCGGUGAACGCAUCUCCUAUUUCUGGAAUGACCAAGUAUUGUCGAGCCAAUACUAAGCAUCAGGAGGAGUUUGCGUCAAAAAAGGACUCGAAUGCGAACGUGUUAGUAAUCAUCACACCAGAUACUAGGUGUGUGGCAUGACAAAUACAUACUCUCAGUGUCCGGCGCCUGAAUGCCAAUCAGUCGUACCUGUGACUGAUGACAGUUUUGGAGAAAAAUACGAAACGCCAAAUAAGUAAAAUUUUCUAUUCUCGUACUCUCACUAACUUUGUACUGGUCCUCAGAUGAUUAUGGAGCAGAUAGUUAUCCAGUCAAAGCUAUAUGUUAGACAAAUGGUGGUAGAUAAAAUGUGACAAAACUUAACUAGAAAAGAGGAUAUGAAGGAAUUAUUUUCACAGCUAUUCUUUAGACGCAUUGGGUGUACGGGAGAGAAGACAUAUUUUUGCCGUCUACUUUUUAAUAUGAAAUUUCUCUUUAAGUAAAGCACAAGUUCGGGGUUAUCCUCUUCCAUCUUGGCGUGAGCAUCCUAGCAAAAUGUUCGAAUGAGCCGCAGUGUCCAAUUAAAAAAUUAAGAGUGCGUCAGUAAUGGCAUGUUAAAAUGCCAGGAGAUUCUUGAAAGGAGGUGGAAGCCAACAAAGAGAUAAUGAUGUUUAUUUUCACGGUUAUGAGAAAAAGGUUUAUUGGAAUGCAUGUUCGAAUCGUCUCACCUCUUACUCAAAUGGUCAUCUAAUUUAUAAUUGAAAGAGCAAUCCUACUGAACAUACCAAUCUACGUCAUCUUCACCAUUCUGCACGUGGCUGUCGGCCUCAUUGUCUAUGUCUAUUUUCGCGGAUGUGAUCCGCGGCUGAGUGGCCAACUUGCCCGAUACGAUAUGCUCCUCUCCUUCUUCAUCAUGAGAAUUCUCGCAAACAUUCCUGCCCUCCGUGGUCUCUUUCUCUCCGUCAUUUUCGCGGCAGCAUUCAGGUUAGCUCUAUAAUACUGUAUUGACAGUUUUGUUUUUAACGUAAAAUCAGCAAAAUGGCCAGCUUUGCAGUGACUAUGAAUCACACGCGAAAGGCUAACAGCCAAGCUCGAAUUCGGCAAUGAAGACUGUAAUUAUCUAGUAACAAAUGUUUAAUGACGGUGCCUUGCACACUUGUUUAUUUCAAAAGCUUAGGCGGUACAAAGGGAAGAUGUUACAUGUAUUUAGAGUAAAUUUACUAGAUCAUGAAAUGUGUGGGAACUUACACCGUUAGUUAUGAGCGAACCGGCAUAAACGAGUGGACCAAAAGUUCGAAUUUUGGAUGAAUGACCUUAGCUGAAUUGAAAACAUAAAAGAAAUGUAAAGAGGAAUAUUAUUUCGUUUAAUAAUUAAAAUCUGUUCAAAAGAGAGAAAAUUCCAAAACAUCCACAAUCGUUGCAACUGGUUAAACUUAAGAUUCAGGCAUACAGUAGAACUUUUCAUGAAAGCAGAGGAGUAAAUAAAAUAGCAUGAGUGGAGUAACGAAUGAAAAAUGAGCUUUCUUUCUAAGGCAGAUGGUCGUUUGGGUCAUAUUCGGAUAGGAUGUGGUUUGGUAGCUCCACCUGAACUAAAAAAACCCAGUCACCUCUAAUACGGGACCGGCGGAAAUAGGAGUUUUAUAGGUGGAGCCGAAGAACGCACAGGCGACGACGUCAAGUAGUUGUAUGCAGAAGAAAAGCUAUCGGCAGUGCGUGGUUAUACUUUCGGUGGUUAAGAAAUAGUUACGCUAACCCCUAAGCCUAACCCCAACCCCUAACUAUAACCCCUUAUCCAAACCUCAACCACUAACUUGAACCUUUAGCCCUAACCCUCUAUCCAUAUUCCCAAACCUUAACACCAACCAAAACGGUAUUGUGUCCAUCAGGUGGGGCUACCAAGUCACAUCUUACCCAUAUUUGCGAAAUCACCCAAAUGUGAAAUGUCAUCACCAAGAAAAAUGAUCAUUUGAAAUAAACUUUCACAAUGAAUAUGCUCUAGAUCGUGUGAUAAUUUAAAGACAACUUCUUUAUUAGGCGUCUUAUUAUGAUAGUUCGCUGAGGACAUCUGAGUCGUUUACCUUUUUCUAGAGCAAAGUUUUGAUAAGAAUUAGAAACUCCAGUUGACUUUUCCCUUACUUAAAAUGAAGUGAUGAUUUUUCUUCUGCAAACGAAAGAACUGAAUUUUGCUUUUAUAUUGUAGACAUUUUCCUUGAAUAUGCUUACUAUAAGACUCCGUUCUACGAGUAUAAAUGCACAACAGGGUGGGUCAUGUGGGUGGAAAGAUAUUGCAAAAACUGCUACUCCCCUGUCCGUUCCUUUCCUAAAUUACGCGUUUGUGGAAAUCAGACCACCAAAAAACUGUUACCGUGUGUUCAAACGUAAAAGAGCCACUUGACGAAGAGUUUGUCGUGGUAAGUUAAUGAGUAUUCGCAAAGGAUACGAUAUGUCGAGAUGCUUACUCAAAGGAUUACAUGUGGAGUCAUUCGCGCGUUUCAAGCCAUGAAAGCAUACAGAUUUGUAAGUAUGACUUUUAAAAAUUGGCAAAAAAUAAGCUUCGCGUUUACACUUUGCUCACUUUGGUUUACGUGGAGAAGUGAUAGACUAUUAAGUACAUCAAGUUUCAUUGGGUAAACCACAUGACAUUCGGCUACUGUCCUUUGAUAGAAAAAACAAACAGAUAUGCGAACUUAGCCCGGGACAGCUAUUAACACCGAGGCUUACCUGAACACAAAGUAGCGUUAAAUUUCGCCUAAAUUUGUGAAAUUUUAACUGAUGAAAUCAUUUCUAGACGUAUAUUACAUGCAUAAAUGACAUCUUCCGGUUAAAGAGCGUCUUUACACAGCUUCGUUUGUAAGUCACCGGAUGUCUGCUGUGAAAAAUUAGAAACUGCGUGGUGCUCGUUGUCUUCCUAUAAACCGUCGUUUCAAGUUUACCGUUAAGAUUCCGUCUGACGAGCACAUCCAUGAAAAGCAACUGUUAUUCCUGUUCUUCUUCCCUCGAGAAUUUCAUAUCAGAGAAGGCUGCGUUGAGCAGGCUGUGAAGAUUUUGUAGCAUGUCCUUCUUUACGAUAACAAACGUGUCGUCUACGUAACGGUGUUCAGAGCAAUAAGCAAAACGUUCCAGCGCUCGAUAAUCCAUCUUCACUAUACAUACACCUGUAACUUGAACUUUCACUUUCAUUUGUCAUAUGCUUGAGUGUCAAGUGCAGCAAAUUUCAUUUGGUAAACCUCAUGAGCUUUGACUUCUCUCCUUUGAUAGAAAAAGACAAAAUUAGCCCAGGACAGCUAUUAGCGUGGGAAACUAUCCAAACACAAGGUACCGUUGGCUUUCGCUCAAAUUUAUAAACAUUUUAAUUGAUUAAAUUACUAAUAAAAAUGACAUCUUCCGGAGAGCGCGAGGAGAAUAAAAAUUGUAUAUCAUUUGAGGUGUCUAGGAGUGAUCGUUUUAGUUUUGAUCCCCAGGUUUCACGAGCUUGAUUUUAUACUGUAUGUAGGAAUUAUUUACUACGUAAUUCCUAUUUUGUACGAAAUGACUGGUUAAAUUUUGCUGCGUAAACCUAACGUCUAUAGGAGGAGCACCCGCUAUAAGAUAUAUAAAAAGAAUUUGAGACGGGUAAUCGUCAGUUUGGCCGCAAGGCAUUUAAAACCCCACAUAACAUGGCAAAACAUCAUAGUAUCCAAAUUCAAGGAAUGAAUUUCCAUAAAGCAACAACGAGGACUUCCCAUUUAGACAAAACCGCGUAUUUCCGCCUUUCUUUAUUUCUUUGGGUAAGGCGACCAGCAUAAUGCUAUCUGUUCAUACCUUUUACCCUUUGCAGCACGAUAUCUUCGGGACUUAAUAGUUUGGCUGCUGUUGGCAUCCAGGAUGUGUUUUUGCCGAUACACAAGAAUCGAUCACCGGAUAGAGAAAUCAGACCAGAACGGUUGGCAUUACUCUCUCGCCUUCUAGGUAAGCAUAUGGCCCUCAACAUGCGCUAG